AUGAUUCAUGAAUAUCACAAAAUAGUGGGAAAAACGAAGACAAGACAAGAAUUAAGGCUUAAAAACAAAAAUAGAGUAAGUUUGUAUAUUUUUACUUAACCGAGGAUUCUUUAAAAGAUACGUUACGUAUUCAUAGUAAUCACAAUUUUCCUAUUUCCCUUACUCUGCAGUCCUUUGAUUUGUCCACUGAGACAACUGCGGUGCAACUGGAAAUCUUAGAGGUGAGUUGUAUGCCUCAUAAUAAAUUAAACCGUGUCUGUGCGAGGUUUUGAAAAACAUUUCUGUCGACUUUUUUAGACAAUGUUUUAGAAAUGAACUCGUCAAAAGGCCAAUAUUAUAAGAAUGGUCAAUUCUUCUAAAACUGAUUAAUCGUCCCAAAAAUUAAGCGCCUUGCAGUCUGAUAAUAAUUUGGCCUCUCGUUGUAUUAGCUUAACUCUCUAGAGUGAAUUCAGUUAAAAAUUCUUAACUUGAACAGUGCUGCACACUUUACACUUUUCGGAUUUUUCAAAUUAACGAUUUAAAGCUUGCUACCAUGUGUUAAUCAUUCAACAUAUGAUGUUCAGUCUAUCAAAAAAGCGUUGCAGUAGUUCUUUUUGAGUUGUGCCAAAAAUCUAAACAGAAUUCUUCAUAACUGACUGUGCUAAUUCAAGGAGUCAAAAGUGUCCGAGUUAAGAUUUAAAAAAAGAGAGAAAGAAACAAGGAUCUCUUUCAAGAAUUUCACUGUCUGUGCCAGCAGUUAAAACCCCCUCAACACAAGAACCUGUUUAGUCUAAAAUUUAAAACAGGUUCUUACUUAAAAAUGUUUUUAAAAAAUUUUGUACGCUUGGAAAAUGAAAAAGUCAACAUUCAUCAGGAUCCCGUUUGGAGACAUAGGUGAUUUAUCAAUCCAACUGGAAUGUAUUGGUAUGCCGGUGAUUUCAUGAGGGAUAAGCUGAACACAACUAAAUACUCUUAGCUACAAUGUAUUUUUUCACUGACAAAUGAAAUCAGCCUAAAUUUCAUAUGUGCUAAUGAAUUUCCAUUUAUGUGUAAGAACCUGUUUUGGCUAAUUUGGGAAAAUGCAGCUUCUUAGUCGCGGUUUUUACUGAAUAGCUUCUAAAGCGUCUUCAGGACAGUUACACUGAUAAAUAUUUUGAAUGGCAAAUCUGUCGCAUGCAAAACAGUUUUCCAAAAAUUACAUUUGCUGAUAAUAAGAAUGAUUGUCUUCACAUUUCGUCAAAUUAUCACGUCAGCGCCCUCAGUUCAAACUUGGUUUAACUUGUAUCUCAAAGGAAGUUUACAUAGUUCUCAUCAUUUGCCGGAUUUCAAAAUAAUUGCUUAACGUCAUGGAGCCUUCCAACUCGUUUUAACUUGCAACUUAAAUAAAACAAAAGCAGUACAUGACUCUUUUCAAUUCGUCAAUUAAGACCGACUGAUUUACAUGUAACCAAUAAGAAUACUUCUAGUAACUUACAUUUAACAAUCUUUCAAACUUGUCCAAAACACGUUUUUACGUAAACUUGGUCAAAAUAGGGCAUAAAAACCUUCGUACCGUCGAAAACAUUAUCAUUCGUCUUGGGAUCACUACAGUUGUUCAUACAAGCAAGGUAGGACUUGAGUCAAUGUUUCCAACAAUCUUUCAUAUCAAACUAAUAUACUCAGUUUAAUUAAACGAUAGCUUGGAGUUCUUUUCACGUGGUUUUAAUUUGAACUGUUUCUUUUCAUGAAAUAUUUAAAUGUAAGGCUUACCGCUACUAGUUUUGUUUAGUUGCGCUUAAAUCUUAAACAAACGCUUCAACGAAAUGUCCAAAAGUUUUAAGCGUCCGUGUAAGUCCGAUAUAUUUUGAAAGGACAUGUUAAUGUUUUCAAGUAAUGCUAAAAGCUGACCUGAAGUUGAUGAAUGAAGCCUGACGAAACUGAUAUUUUUUCUCCAAAACAAAUAGUAACUUUGCCACAGAUCAUCAAUUCGCGAUGCUUGCUAUCUACAUUUUGAAUUUUUUUUUUAGCAAAUCAUUGAAACCGAUUAAAGAUAUUCGGCCAUAAUUUUGAGCGUACUCCUGUUUUCACAGGUUUCCUCAUCAUGCAAACCUUUAUGAAGAUACCGCUGGCUACUGUGUUAUGCGGGCUGCUCUUACUGCUGAUUACCUUGUGUUCUGCAAAUGACAACAACAGCAGCAAACCACGUGACAAGGUGAGUUUGUUUAAUCAAACAUUGUAAUAUAUAGCUUUAAUAUAUGAGAAGUGAAAGUCAGUCAAUGGUACCUGAACUAUUAACCUGAAAGAACUUAGUGAGGUAGAAUGAAUGAACGGUGAUUUUUUAUUUAAGGAUGCUUGACUAAGGUUAAUUGAUUGACUUAAUCAAUUGAUCAUGAAUUUAUAACGGAAUGAAUUUUUAAAUUUUUCAUUUAGAGUAUUCCUCAACAGACUUCACCUUAUGGUUCCUGUGGUCUUGGUGGGUGUUUCUGUGCACCAGGAAUUCCCGGCAUCCCAGGAAGCCCUGGACCCGCGGGAACAGCAGGUGUCGCGGGAUCACCCGGUAAUCAUGGACCUGAAGGACCCAUGGGCCCACGAGGAAACAAAGGUGAUGAAGGAGCUCGUGGAAGACCGGGAGAACCAGGCGUCAAAGGAGUUAAAGGACCUGCAGGCCCAGCAGGUCCACGUGGGGACAAAGGUGAAGCAGGUUCAGCUGGUUCCCCUGGAAACAAGGGUGAUACAGGUGCUGGUGGAAAACAAGGUCCCCCUGGUCCCAAGGGACCUCAAGGAGCCCCAGGUUCAGCUGGUUCCCCUGGAAACAAGGGUGAUACAGGUGCUCGUGGAAGUCAAGGUCCCCCAGGUCCCAAGGGUGCUCCAGGAUCGUUUGCUCGUAAUUGGAAACAAUGCGUUUUUAAGAAUCUGAACGAUGGAAGGGACUCCGGAUUGAUAAAGGUAACAACUGAGUUGGUCGUUGUAGAUUAUAUAAAUCAAUCCGAAGCAAAUUAAUAAGUCUGGUUAUGACCGAUUCUUAAACUCAUUAAUAAUUCAUAAGACAAAAUAAAAGAAACUUAUGCUUAAUGAGUGUCUUUAUAUCUGAUAAAGACAAGGCUUAACUUUGUUCUAUUUUUUAGACCACAAUGAUCCCAAAUUUCAAUAUUAGUGCAAAAGUGAGUUGAUCUAUAUCAGAGAUUUUGAAGCCGUUCAAAAAACUUGCAGUCGCGUUAUCAGGUUUAAAAACUCGAGGCGAGUUAUUUGAGAAAAAAAUACUGCGUGUUUCGGAACUUGUGCAAGCUAUCCAUGGAAUGAUACAAAAUGCAGGGAAAAGGUCCAAUUUAUCAGUUUAAGAUAUGCGUAUAUUAUAUGACUGAAUUUGAGUGAAUUUCGCAGGGGCAUAGAACCCUUAACGCAAAUACGCACGUGCGUGUACUUGAGAAAUUGGUAGGAUCUUUUUAAAGAUUUUCUGUCAUAAGUAAAAGCCAUUUGAAGCGUCGUGACUUGACUUUGUAUUGUGCAGAUUUGUUCGUGUCUGUCUCGCUGUUAUUUUGCAUCGUUUUUACACGUAAAAUACAACAGUUUGAGUACUGGAAUGUGAUGAAUUGGAAACAUUCUUGAAACGUUUGCCUUCAGACGAUCCCACAAUGAAUUGCGUAUUCAUGAAAAAAGGAAAAAAAAUAGACCCUCACUGAUUAUCAUUCCUUUCAAGAUUUUCCUGGAAAGUUUUCUCAAUCAAAAGCUAAAUUUUGAAAGAAAAUUUACUCCUAGCGAACAGAUGUAGUUUUUUUUUAAUGACAAAGAUCAGAGCUAUUCAGUGCAACUGAAAAUAUUAAAUAAAUGCUGACUAUUAUUGUUUGUUUCUUCCCUGUGCGCAUGAUCGAAAUAAGGGAAAAACUCAAAAGUCAGCAGGGGUCUAAGGGUGCGGAAAAUUUACACUAACAUGCACAUGCCGCAAUUUUUUCCAACCAAUGCUUUUCAACUGUCCAAAUUUCUGCUUAAAAAGGAGCCUUGCCUAGUGCUGAUAAACAUUCAAGUACCAGCUCAACGAAGAAUGUUUUAAAAGCUUUUUUGAUAUCACGUUCUAAGUAAACAAGCCUGUAAACUGCCGAAAUAAUUGUGUAUUAAAGCAAAGCAAAACGUUAUUUUGUACGAAGUUUUAAAAUCAUAUGGACCCGCUCUACGCCCCUGAUUCGCAACGGUCAACUGGAGUAUUUCUUCCCAGAGUCUGUCUUUAUGACGUCGAUAGUUGAGGGUAAAAUUAUUCCAAAAGCACAGUAACACAGAUAUAGCCCAGUGAGGAGUCAGAGGUCGGAGCUGAAACAUUUCCCCUUCACCAUUCACGGUGGAAAUAUGAGUUUACUGGUUUUAAUUGAUCCAUUGUUAACAUGUUUCCACGGAGAAAUUCCUCAGUUAACGCGAGUGAAACCCAAAGCUUCCAAAUCAGUUUUUCUACACGAACAUGUAAUUGUUUAUCUCUGAUGUUUAACUUCGUUUCACCUCGCUGAACGUUCUUCCUCUGUUGAUUUUUAAGGAGUGCAUUUUUAAGAAAGCAUCAGACACUACUGGGUUGCGUGUCUUCUGGAGUGGCAAUCUUCGUCUUUACAACUGCCAUGGAUGCUGCAGGCGGUGGUAUUUCACUUUCAACGGUGCUGAGUGUUCAACCCCAGGUGCCAUUGACGGAGUGGUCUACAUGCUAUAUGGAAAUGGCGGGAAAAAGAACUUACACCGUCCACGUCACAUCGAAGGAGUCUGCGAGAAAAUCCACAAGGGUACUGUCCGUGUAGGAUUCUGGGUCGGCAAUUGUGCUAGUCACGGAUCUGCUGAUGCUUACACAGGCUGGAACUCAGUAUCCCGGAUAUACGUGGAAGAAGUACCUCCCCCACAGGCUUAAUAACAGCAGAGCCAAAGUUUCUGUUUCACUUUCAAAGAU